CACUCUCUCGCACACUUUUCCAUUCUCAUCAGAUUCACAAACACCGUAAGUUCCAACCAUCCAAGUCGUCCCCCCUCCCCUCUUUCGAAUUCGACAAUUCGUCGCAUGGCUGCUGGCCUCAUCACAGUCCUCACUUUAAAGAACAUCAAAUAUAGGAUGCUUUAGACUUGAGCCACCACUCAAGCGUGAUGGUUCGAAAAUUUAGCAUUGUGUGUUUGCUUGCGUGUUUGUUGGUGCAGUGUUGUGCUGUCCUCGUCGGCAGGCUCAGAGACAAGGAAGAACCAGUAUCAAAUUGGGUACCAGCAACCCGUUUCCUAUAUCCUGAGGAGGACCCCAAUCCUUGCAAGACUGACCAAGGCGAUCCAGGGCUCUGUGUAGACGUCCGACGUUGCUACGCGGCCCGGCGUGCCUUGCGGGCCGGAAGCAGGCCCCGCCGAUGCGGCUGGAGCAAUAUGCACGUGCCUCUUGUCUGCUGCCAUCCGGAUCAAGUCCUACGCCGUAAGUGGACCUUCGGAAGAUCGAGAUCCAGAUAUGGCCGGCCGGUCCAGUCGGAUGCUAGAGCGUAUCCUUGGUGAGGGAUUGAUGUUGUGCUCUUCCGUUUAAGAUGAAAUUCUUGAGCAUUUCUUUUACGAAGACAGUGUUAUGAAGCCAUUCAAAAAGCGAAGGUUUUCCAAAAUGAUAAUGGAAUUUGGAAUAUUUUCAACGGUUUUGUGCAACUUUUAUGCAUUUGUUUUCAAACUUUCUAUAGUGCGGCUCUAGGCAGUUGAGCUACGACUUUGACAACGUUUACCUGGUUUUGAGUAAAGUCCUGAAUCGUAGAAUAAGUAGCGACACGCCCGCCAUCUUUAGGCUAAAUGUUCAUCCACAAUCAAGAUAUACCACAAUCCAAUCAGGGAGCAAAACACGCUACUUGAUUAUAGCAAACGUAGGAAAAAAAACGGCAGUCCCGUGUCGCUACUUAAACUGCGAUCUAGGGUUUCGGCUUUCAGAAGUUCAGUGGGAAAGAAACGUGUUAUUGGCACGGAUUUGAGUUGGAAUAUUUUGCAAAAGUAGCCCAACUUAACCCAGCUCCACAAUUACCCAAAGUCGGAGUUCAACUUACAAGAGUCGUACUAUACAAGCUUUGUAACAUUUCUCUGUAUUUUUUUUUUUUUUUUCUUAACCAUCUUAGAAAAGAUUCUGCCACCGUUGAGUUGUUGAUUGUUCAAAGCAACUCGUUACGCAGAUGAGUUUGAAAACAUACACUCGCGAUUCGUCUCCAUUUUAUGCUGCAAAAUUCUGCACGUUCCUUGAUCUAAAAAGUAUAUUCUGAUCAAGCCUAGAUGAAUUUAUUAGUUCAGAAGAAGAAUUCAUAUAGGAGUUUUCAGAACUUGUUUUGAAACGAAUUAAAACUAUUGAGAUUCUCUUGAUACCAACAUUGAUGUUACAAAUGAUUUUUUCGUGACAUUGAGUAUGACACUGCCUUGUUCAUCAGUCGUGAUAUAGUGUAUUUUUUCAUCUCUCUUUAAUUUUGAUGUAUGACACAGUAUUCAAUAAACAUUUUUCUUUUA